AUGGCCUCUCCUGCAAGACCUAAAUCUCCUCGAUCUCCUGGAUUUAUCAGAAAAGAAGAAAAAGAGGAGUCGUUUUGGGAAAAAAUCGGAACGUUGGGGAGAAAAAAAAGAAUUAAAGAAGUUCAAGAAGUACAAGAAGAAGGUGAAAUUGCAAUCGACUCUCCUGGUUUUGUAUUUUCUCCCGUUAUUUCACCAGACGAAUAUGCAUUGGAUGAAAAUGAAGAGAGGUCAAUUUUAGCACCUGGAGAGAGAAAUAAUCCAAAAUUAACUGAACUGAUAAGAGUUUUAAUCGAAUGGAUUAAUGAUGAAUUAGCCGAUCAGCGAAUCAUCGUAAAAGAUAUUGAAGAAGAUUUGUAUGAUGGACAAGUUUUGCAGAAACUUAUCGAAAAACUUAGUGGAGAAUUAUUGGAUGUACCGGAAGUAACACAAUCGGAAGAAGGUCAAAAACAAAAAUUGCAAAUUGUAUUGAGAGCAGUCAAUCAAGUUUUGGGAGUGCCUUACAUGUCGUCACCAAAAUGGAAUGUCGAAAGUAUUCAUUCUAAAAAUGUCGUUUCCAUACUUCAUUUAUUGGUAUCAUUAGCAAGACAUUUUAGAGCUCCAGUACGAUUGCCAGAAAAUGUUGUUGUUUCAGUUGUUGUUGUAAAGAAAAAAGAUGGCGUUCUCAGCCAUAGAACAGUACACGAGGAAUUAACUGCAACUUAUGAUGAUUUGGGUAUGAGAUGUGAAAGAGAUGCAUUUGAUACAUUGUUCGAUCAAGCACCUGAUAAAUUAGAAGUUGUUAAAAAGUCUCUUGUCACGUUUGUCAAUAAACAUUUAAAUAAAAUUAAUUUGGAAGUCACCGAUUUGGACACACAAUUCGAUGAUGGAGUUUAUUUAACUCUUUUCAUGGGACUUUUAGAAGGAUUCUUUGUACCACUUUAUUCUUUUUACCUUACACCGAAAAAUUUUGAUGAAAAAGUUCAUAAUGUCGCACUAUCAUUUGAGCUUAUGCAAGAUGUCGGAUUGGCGAGAGCAAAAGCAAGACCGGAAGAUAUUGUUAAUAGAGAUUUGAAAUCGACAUUGAGAGUCUUAUAUAAUUUGUUCACAAAGUACAAAAGUAUGAAUUGA